AUGCUGCUGAAGUUCGAGAAGCAGCUGCACUCAUUUGUCUUUCGCACCGAGCUUGAAAUUGAUCGUUUCAUAGAAUUUCUUGAACAGGAGGAUGACGCAAGGGAAUCUUGGCGAAGGCUGCUGUACCAGGCAGCUGCAAAUCCUGACAUUUACCCAAGCAGAGACAUGGUAGACUUUGCUGUGCGGGAGACUCCCUCGGCAGCAGACACAGCUGCGAAGUUUCUUCAGUGCGAAGUUGCAGAAAAAAGAGAAGAUGGGGAGCAGAGCAUUUCUGCUCUCACACGACAUGUUCCAUUCCUGUAG